AUGCCCGAAAUAUCUUCGCCUGAUCCACCGAGUCCUGGUGCUUCGCGAAUGGGUUCAGAACUCCCUACGUCGAGAUCUAUAGGUGCCGAAGAAGCUUCCUUACCUGACAAUCCUGAAGACGAAGAGCGCAAUGGACUGGAAAUAGCAUCCGCGGCAUUGGGACAGCCGGAGAAAAUGGGAGAAGUGCCCUUUUAUGCUGGUGGGCAUACGGGGCCUACUUCAGCCCUGGAUAUUUGCUUUACUGAGCAGUCGUUGCCGAGGCAUUUCCUCAUCCCUCUUCAUAGGACAAGUCUGUCCGAAGAGAAUAAGGAAUUUCUCCGUAAGAAAGGAGUAUACACACUUCCCGGGAAAAAGGCUUGUGAAAGCUUGGUUGAAGCUUACCUUCUCAAUGUCCAUCCAAUACUGCCAGUCAUAGAAGCCGAUGUGCUUUUGAGUCAUUAUCAAGCUGGACAGCUUGAGAGGUAUAAUAUUUUGCUUCUUUGGAGUCUGUUCUUCGUCGCUGUCAACUUUAUCCCAUCUCAAAUAUGCGAGCAAGAAGGCUUUACAUCAAGGAGGGCAAUUAAAUUUGCCAUGUACUCCCGAGCAAAGUGCAUGUAUGAGAACGGAAAUGAACGCAACAAAAUCGUCCUGCUACAAGCCUCGCUCUUGAUGGGCUUCUGGCACUCAGAAAUAGAUGAGCACGCGCAACCUUGGUAUUGGACGGGUUCCGCAAUAAGUCAUUGUCAAAUUCUCGGUCUACAUCGAGAUCCAGGAACCUCGGCAUACAAUCCGCAUAUUACCGACCGACAACGAGCUUUUUGGCGUCGUCUCUGGUGGUGCUGCUUCUUCCGGGACCGCUGGCUUGGUCUCACGCUAGGCAGACCUCUGCGUAUCAAUCUUAAUGACUCUGACGUCCCCAUGCCGCUGGUUGGAGAUAUGCUUUUUGACAUUGAGAGCCUGGGCGAACUCGGUCUAGGUGGUCACUUACCAAGUGACAUGCCAAGACUAAGUGAAUACUGGGUGAUGCUCAUCGAAAUGAGUCGUCAAUUAGGUGAUGUUCUGGUUAUGAAUUUCCAAGCUGCACGACCCAGAGGGACACUUGACGACGUCAAAAAGCUCGAGAAAGAUCUUCUGCGCUGCAGACUCCCCGAUUUGUAUGAAGGGGGCUUGACGCGUAUUUCCAAGUUCUACUCGAAUCACGUUCAUCUACACUACCAGGCAUUGCUGAUUACCUUUUACCGGCCCUGGGGAAUGGAGUCUCCGGACGGGAUCGACCCUGGGGCGAAAGAAGACUGGAAGGAACGAAUGAGACUUAAGGCUGAUCAUGCUGCCUCUCAAACGAACGAAAUCCUAGACAGGCUUGUCCAGGAUGGAUUGAUUGGAUUGGCAGGCCCAAUGACACCCCCACUCUUAGUCCCAGCAAUGCAAACGCAUCUACUUCAAUGCAAAUGCGGCGAUCCCCUUGCCAGGCGCAUCAGGCUAAAUAAGCUAGAAGUGUGCAUGCUGGUGAUGGAGGAACUCCAGAAAACCUAUACCGUUGCUUCAGUGUAUCGUGGAAUUUUCACAAAGGCUAUCCAACAAAUUUUCCCGGAUUGUCCUGAUCGUGCGAUGCAUACCAGUCGUUCACCCACUUCAAUCCCUGUUCCUCGAAGUGAGGGUCUAGCGAGGAAUUUAUCCAGCGACGGUCAAGAUGCAGAUGCUAGCGGUCAGCUUGGGGAGUCUGAUUUUGGGGUUUUGGAUGGGGAUGAUUUGAUGGCUGCUUUGAUGGAUAAUGCUUCCGUCUUUGAUUUUUGGCAGGCUUGCAAUCAAGUCUGA